AUGGAACCUCCAAGAAAAAGGCUGAAAUUUCAAGAAAAAGAGGAAAAAUCAAUAUUCGAUAUACUUCCCGAAGAAAUUCGACAAAUUAUAAUUGGAUUUAUGGAUUUUUGGACAAUUUUAAAUUUUGCGAAAUGCUCAACAAAAUGUCGAGAAGAAGCGAAAAUGUUUGGAAAUUCGAUAAAAUCGCUGGAAAUUUGUGAAGUUUCGAAUAGAAAUGAGGCGGCAAAAUUGAGUUUUGUGCUGAAAAAUAAUUGGAAAAUGUCGAUUUCAUUUCAAUGGCAAGAAAAUACGAAAGCUUAUGGACAUUUUCAUGUUUUUGAAGCUGAAUAUCGGAAAUCAUGGACAAAAAUUGGUGAAAAUGGAGAGAAUCCGAAAAUAAUGGCUGCCAAAUAUUUGAAUUUGAUUUUGAAAAUGGCGACGAAUUCGGUUAUUGAGAUUUCGUGUAGAGAUGUGAGUUUUUGCGGGGGAAAUCAUUUUUAUCUGAAAUUUUGCGCUGAAAAUCAUGGAAUUCAAGAUUUUCUUGGAUUUUCAGAGAUUCCAUCAUUUUCAGCACAAAAUUUCGAUUUAGAAAAAAUUUUGAAAAUCCAAUUUUUGAUGAAAAAAAAACGGGGACUAGUUUUUUUUUUGGUUGCAAAUUCUAGUCCCUCGCCUGAAAAAUUAAAUUUUCUAGACUGAAAUUUUGCGCUCAAAAUCAUGGAAUUCAAGAUUUUCCUAGAUUUUCAGAGAUUCCAUCAUUUUCAGCACAAAAUUUCGAUCUAGAAAAAAUUUUGAAAAUCCAAUUUUUGAGGGAAAAAACGGGGGACUAGUUUUUGCAAGAUGCAAAUUCUAGUCCCUUUGUUUUGAUACUGAAAUUUUGCGCUGAAAAUCAUGGAAUUCACGAUUUUCCUAGAUUUUCAGAGAUUCUAUAGUUUUCAGCACAAAAUUUCGAUCUAGAAAAAAUUUUGAAAAUCAAAUUUUUGAUGAAAAGACGGGGGACUAGUUUUUUUUUUCAAAAUGCAAAUUCUAGUCCCUCGCCUGAAAAAUUAAAUUUUCUAGGCUCAAAUUUCGCGCUGAAAACCAUUAAAAUACUCAUUUUUUUCAGGAAAACUUCCUCUAUGACAAAGUCAACUUCAAAAAUCUCAAAAAAAUUGGAAAAAUCGAAAUAUUAUUCAAAAACGAGUUCAAUUUCAUCACAAAACAACAAUUAUUCAAAAUAAAAAAUGGAAUUGAUAUUGAUGGAAUAAAAUUGGGACUCGAUGAAAUAAUUCAAGUCAAAUCGAAAAUUUUGAAUUUGCCAGCAACAAAAUUGAAAAUUGAGGAAGUUAAUCAAUUUUUGAAAUAUUGGAAAAAUGGAAAAUUGACGAAAAAUAUGAGAUUAUGGAGUUUUGGAAUUGCUGAAGAAUUUGGAAAAUUGGAUCAUGAAAAAUUGCUGGAAGGCUUGGAAAUUGAAAGAUUUGAGAAUGAUAAUCAGAUGUUAAUUGGUGUUUUAAAUGAAUCGAUUGAUUCGAAAUUAAAAAUAUUUAUUUAUUAUGCCCAUUUAUCGAUUGAUAUUUUUAUUCCUUUGCCUAAAACCCCAGCAUUUUUUGAAUAA